AUGGUGGAGGCUAAACGCUCAUGGAAGAACCGUCCAGCUGGUACUCCUGAGCUCAAAUGCACUUCGAUCGCCAAGGUACGGUACAAGAAGUACCUUAUCGACAAGCCGCCACGUCGCCCCGACUUCAAUGUACUCGACCUUGGCUUCUUUUCCAGCAUCCAAGCGCAUCAAUAUCGGAAGCGAGUGUACAACGUGGAGCAGUUAGUUGAUGCGGUGGAGUCAGGUUUUGUUGAACUCAAGUCUGUGACGCUAAGUAAGUCAUUCAUAACGCUACAAUCUGUGUUGGAACAAGCGAUGCUGGACCGCGGCGGAAAUACCUACAAGAUUCCACAUCUGGGCAAAGACAAGUGGGCUCGGCUAGGAGAUCUCCUACUCUCGCUGCCAUGCUCAAGCGAGGCAGUAAAAAUCGGCAAGGCAGCGUUGGACGAUGUUGUUGUGUAG